CUCUAUCCCUCGACCUCAAGCCACAAAUAUGAAUUCUCUCGACUCUCUUCUCGCCUUUGUCAUGCAUGUCUUUGUGACCCUUCUUCUCCUCGUCUACAUGCCCCUCUCUCUCGUGCUCAAGUUAUUACGAUGGGCCUUCCUGAGACCCUUCUCCACGGAAGACAUGAGAGGGAAGGUGGUCCUCAUCACCGGAGCCUCUUCCGGCAUCGGCGAGCAACUGGCUUAUGAGUAUGCAAAGAGAGGAGCUUCCAUGGCACUUGUGGCAAGGAGAACCCAUGCCCUUCAAGCCGUCGCCGACAAUGCUCGCAAGCAUGGUGCGCCCGACAUCCUAGUCAUCACCGCCGAUGUUUCAAGCUCCGACGAGUCAAAGAAAGUGGUCGAGCAAACCAUUGCUCGCUUCGGUCAAUUGGAUCACCUUGUGGCCAAUGCCGGAGUUUGGAGCACUUGCUUGCUCGAGGAGGUCACUAACAUCGCCGCGUUCAAGCAAUUGACGGAUGUGAACUUUUGGGGAAGUGUCUAUCCCACCUUCUAUGCAAUUCCCUACCUCAAAAAAAGUCGUGGAAAGAUCAUCGUAAAUGCCUCCAUUGCCGGCCGGAUUCCCACCGCAAGAAUGACCUUCUACAAUGCAAGCAAGGCCGCGGUGAUCAUGUUCUUCGAGACACUACGAUCGGAGCUCGGAGUUGAGGUCGGAAUCACGAUCGUGACAUUGGGCUAUGUCGCAUCGGAGCUCACCAAAGGCAAAGGCGUGCAGAGCAACGGAGAAUUAGUAGUCAAUACAGAAAACAGAGAUAUCCAAGUCGGGCCACUCCCGAUCGGGAGCACGGAGAAUUGUGCAAAGAUCAUCGUCGAUGGCGCCUGCAAAGGCGACAGGACCAUAACUUGGCCUUCCUGGUACAAGCCCUUUGAGAUGGUGGCCUGUCUAGCCCCGGAGCUAGUCGAUGCAUUCUCGCAGUCUUUCUACACGACCAAUGCGGGAGAGGAUUCGAGAGAGACAUUGGGGAAGAAGAUUUUGAACAUGAAGGGCAUCAAGAAGCUUGUGUAUCCAGAUUCUGUCCUCUCUACCGAAACCAAGAUGGAAGAGUGAAUCCAAAUGGAAAUAUAUUUGGUAUUUAUUUUGCCAAAUAAACUAUUUAAGCAUUUGAAAUCUUGAUAAAUCUAAAAAACUAUUUGAUAUAUCAUGGUGGUAAAGGUGCGUCCCAGUGUCUCCGUCAAUUCGUCCCAGAAUUAAUACGGAUGAGGUAAGUUACAUGUGGCUAUUAGCCUUUUGAAUAAUGACUGACGCAUAAGGAAAAUAUUUACCUCAGUUAUACUAAAA